ACAGAUAAGGCAAAUUAAGGGUGACUCUGUGUAGGUUCGUCUCCAUUUUCCUUCAACCAGAGAACAUCAGUUUGCACUUUGCAGCAGCAGUCACCACCAAAACAAAAGAAAAUGUUAGCAAAUUCACCAUCUCUAACUCAUGUUUGUCCACAUUCUUACACACUUCCCUCUUAUCAUUCAAAAAACUGCAAGCUUCUUCUAUCUGCUUCUGCUUUAUCUCGCUUUAAACCUUUCAAAACUCUUCCUUCUCUUAAUUUGCUUCUCCAAAGAAAUUUCCAUGGCAGAAAGUUCAAUUUUAGAGCUCUGGCUGAAACCCAAGUUUCUGAGUCUCCCCAAGAUGCUCUGCAGCCUCAUUCUGUCAAAAUCCCUUUUGGAGAUAGACAUAUCUUGGUCGAGACAGGUCAUAUGGGUAGACAAGCUAGUGGUGCUGUUACAGUGACAGAUGGCGAAACGAUGGUCUAUACUACUGUUUGUUUGGCUGAUAUUCCUAAUGAGCCAUCUGAUUUUUACCCUCUUUCUGUGAACUAUCAAGAGCGGUUCUCCGCAGCCGGUCGUACAAGUGGCGGAUUUUUCAAACGUGAAGGAAGACCGAAGGACCAUGAGGUUCUAGUUUGUAGAUUGAUUGAUAGGCCAUUGCGUCCUACUAUGCUUAAGGGAUUUUACCAUGAUACUCAGGUGUUAUCUUGGGUUUUGAGUUAUGAUGGGCUGCAUCCUCCUGAUUCUUUGGCAAUCACGGCAGCUGGGAUAGCAGUAGCUCUGUCAGAGUUGCCGCAUACAAAGCCAAUUGCCGGAGUCCGUGUUGGUCUUGUUGGUGGGAAGUAUAUUGUAAACCCUACAACUAAAGAGAUGGAAGAUUCGGAGUUGGAUCUGGUACUAGCAGGCACUGAUAGCGCUAUCCUGAUGAUAGAGGGUUAUUGCAAUUUUCUGCCAGAAGAAAAGCUGCUACUUGCUGUAGAAGUUGGACAGGAUGCAGUGCAGAAAAUUUGCAAAGAAGUGGAGACUUUGGUCGAAAAGUGCGGGAAACCUAAAAUGGUUGAUGCCAUAAAAUUGCCGCCUCCAGAGCUAUACAGGCAUGUUGAGGAAAUUGCUGGAGAUGAAUUGGUACAUAUACUGCAAAUAAAGAAAAAAAUACCGAGAAGGAAGGCUCUUGCGUCAUUGGAGGAGAAAGUUGUGGAUAUUCUUACUCAAAGGGGCUAUGUUGGAAAGGGUGGGGCUGCUCUAACUGUCGAAACUGAGCCAGAUUUGUAUGUGGAUGAUGAUGAUGAAGAUGAGGAAGUGGUUGUAGAUGGUGAAGUUGAUGAAGGUGAUGUUCACAUAAAGCCAUCUCCGAGAAUUUUUACUCCCUUGUUGUUCGCUGAAGUAGAUGUGAAGCUGGUUUUUAAAGAAACUACAUCAAAAUACCUACGAAAACGUAUUGUUGAGGGAGGUCGAAGAAGUGAUGGUAGAACUCCUGAAGGGAUACGUCCUAUCAGUUCUAGAUGUGGGUUUCUUCCUAGAGCUCAUGGAAGUGCUCUUUUUACACGAGGAGAGACACAGUCUCUGGCAGUUGUGACUCUUGGCGACAAACAAAUGGCUCAAAGAAUUGACAGCCUAGACGGUGAUGAUGAGUCAAAGAGAUUUUACCUUCAGUACUCAUUUCCACCAUCGUGUGUUGGAGAAGCUGGACGGGUGGGAGCACCUAGUAGGAGAGAAAUUGGCCAUGGAACACUUGCAGAGAGAGCUCUUGAACCUAUUCUACCGUCAGAAGACGAGUUUCCAUAUACUAUACGUGUUGAGAGUAACAUCACUGAAAGCAAUGGCUCUUCAAGCAUGGCAUCUGUUUGUGGAGGUUCAUUGGCGCUACAAGAUGCUGGGGUUCCAAUAAGGAGACCUGUUGCAGGGAUUGCUAUGGGUAUGGUUUUAGAUACGAAAGAAUUUGGAGGUGAUGGAACUCCGCUCAUUCUAUCAGACAUAACAGGAUCUGAGGAUGCCUCAGGAGAUAUGGACUUCAAGGUUGCAGGAAAUGAUGAUUGCAUAACAGCAUUCCAAAUGGACAUUAAGGUUGGAGGUAUUACUUUGCCUGUUAUGAAGCAGGCACUUCUGCAAGCCAAAGAGGGUCGGAAGCUUAUUUUAGCUGAGAUGUCGAAAUGCUUGCCACCUCCAUCGAAAAAGCUUUCUAGAUAUGCUCCGUUAAUUCAUGUCAUGAAAGUCAGGCCAGAGAAGGUUAAUCUUAUUAUUGGUAGUGGAGGGAAGACAGUGAGACAAAUUAUUGAAGAAACUGGAGUUGAAGCAAUUGACACACAAGAUGACGGAACAGUAAAAAUUACUGCAAGGGAUUUGGUGAGCCUUGAAAAAUCCAAGGUCAUAAUUGGUAAUUUGACAAUGGUUCCCAUCAUUGGGGACACCUACAGGAAUCGGGAAAUCAAAUCAAUUGCUCCAUAUGGUGUUUUUGUUGAGAUAGUACCCGGACGUGAGGGACUUUGCCACAUAAGUGAAUUAAGUCCUGGUUAUCUUUCAAAAGCUGAAGAUGUAUUUAAAGUUGGUGACCGCAUAGAUGUCAAACUCAUUGAGGUGAAUGAGAAGGGGCAGCUUCGCCUUAGUCGCCGUGCUUUGAUUCCUGAUGCAGAUCCAUUGGUACCGAGCACAAAGCAAAACACUAAUGCCAAGAGUGCUCCAAAAAAAUUUACUAGUGUGGCAAAAGACGGACCGGUGGAAGAGAAUGUUGAGCUAACAAAAGUCAAAUCAAAUGCACCAAAGGCCACUUCAAAGGGGAAUUCAGAGGAGGAUAUUGUCCCUCCAGGGAAGGUUGUUAAAAGUAGGCCCAAAACGGAAAGCAAAGCUAUAAGUAGUGCCUCUAAUGAAAGCUGAAAGUGGAGUGGUAAAUAAAGAGGCUAAAAUUGGAGUUUGAUUAUACAGAAGUCUUCAUCUUCAAAGGAAUCUCUAUUGAGAACACUAAGAAUCAAAAGUAGCUGUCUUUGUGCUAUCAAGAGCUAAGGACCUCUAGACUGAACUUCACAGCUUAACUAGGUUGGGCUUCACCUUUAAAGCCUCAUGUUCUGGAUAGGACAAGGAACUCGGUUGCGACACGGAACACACUAAAAACAGCUGACUGCAUCGGCAAGACCAGGAUCUAAAAAUGACACCAGAUUCUUGCACCUUCAUCCAAGCAUUGAAGUUGGUAACUAACUAGAUUGAUUGUCUAUUGAUUAUGGAGGUUGCUAGAAACCUAGAACAGAGAGAUAGUCCUUUUAUUAAUUUUGAUACGUAGCUCCUCUUGUCAAAUUUAUAUAUUUUGGUACCAAUAGCAGCCAUUUGCAAAUAUGGCUUGAAUUUUGAUCUUUGUGUGGAUAACUGUGUAUAUAUUCAGGUUAAAUUGUCGCUUUUUUUCUCUUUCCCUUUUUUGAAUUCAAUUGAAGUUUCUCUUCUUUCUUUGUUUCUCUC